AUGAAGUUUAAAAACAUUAUUAAAAAUAGAACUGCAACCAAUGGGUUUUUAUUAACCGCCUAUGCUUAUACAGUAAUGCCAGUGGUAUUAGCAAAGGAUGAACAAGAACGCAAACUUGUCAGACCUAGGGAUUUAUCAAUAUACCCUGAUGAAUCUAAAGAAAAGAAAACUGAGAAAGAAGAUGAUUGGCAACCAACAGUAGCAUUAGGUUCAAUUCAAAAAGUUAGAGAAGAAAUUGUCAGCUUAAAUCAACAAUGGUCCAAAGUCAAAGAUAGAAUAUACAUUUUCCUUCAGACUGGGGCUAGCCACACAGAAUCUUUUGUGGACGAUUUGAGGCAAGAAAAUAAUUCUGCACUUCGAGCUGGAUUUGUGGCAGGAAGCGGUUUAGCCGGUUUAUUAAUAGCAGCUAGAAAAGGAAAGUUUAAAAAACUAGUCUAUGCCACAACUGGAGCAACAGCUGCAUUUUAUGUUGGUUAUCCAAAAGAAUCUGAAGAAGCUACUAAAAUCAUCAAACGUUAUUCUAUUGUUUCGUAUCAUUUGAUAAAUAAUGUAACUAAGGAUUUAACUGGUUUUGAGUUACCAUCAUUGCCACUACCAAAAGCUGAGUCCCAGUCAGACAAUUCUGAAGAUAGUAGCAAACCUGAUUUAAAAGAACUGUUCUUUUCAUUGAUUGACUAUGUGAAAGAACCACUGGAAUCUUUUAAACAAAUGGUUUUUAAUGGAAAAAAUGGACCAGAUGACAAGGGUAAAUAA